CAUGCCCAGACAAAUCGAGACUUAGUCAGUAGUGUCUCAGUCAGACUUUCAUCUAGAAAACUCAGAGGAGCUGCUCCAACUCUGAAGACUAUUGUUUUGGGACAUGUAAUGCAGAAAACAUUUCAUGUCCUAGCAUUUAUUGACAGUGCUCUGUCUGGAUUAUAAGACUCCGUCUAGAGGAGGUGUCUGCUGAAGAACUUAACAAAGUGAAAGGGACGUUCAUCCUGCAAGCUCCAUUCAUGUGGAUGUACUUUUUCUGUGAUUGCAACUUCAGGAAGUUAUUUUAAAUUCUCUGGUCUUUCUGACACUUUCUGUUGACUAUCUACGACUCGAGGAGAUCUUUGUCUGUCUCUGUUCAGGCAUGACGGGUCAGGAGAGGAGUGAGGAGAAGAGUGAAUGUGUGUCCCUGUCUCCGAUGAGGGAGGCUGUCCCUGCCCCACCUGAGUGUGAGAGGGUGUGUGUGUUUGGGACGGGGGACCUGGGGCGCUCUCUGGGCCUGCGUCUGCUGCAGGCGGGGUACGGUGUGGUGUUCGGCAGCCGACGGCCCCACAGCAGCAGCACCCUCAUACCCCACGGAGCACAGGUCCUGGGUCAUGCUGCAGCUGCUCAGUCAGCCCUUAUGAUCUUCAUCGCUGUCCAGAGGGAACACUACGACUUCCUGGUACCACUGGCCAAUCAGCUAAAGGGGAAGGUGUUGGUGGAUGUCAGUAACAACCUUAGGAAGAAUCAGUACCCAGAGGCCAACGCAGAAUACCUGCAAAGUCUGGUCCCUGGAGCUGAGGUGGUUAAAGGCUUCAACACCCUGUCUGCCUGGAGUCUGCAGAAUGGACCUUCAGAUGCCAACAGACAGGUGUAUAUCUGCGGAGACAGUGUGGAGGCCAAGCAGGUGGUGAUGGCGGUAGCCACCAUGCUGGGUCUCAGUGCCCUGGACCGGGGAUCUCUCUCAAUGGCCCGGGAGCUGGAGGACUUCCCCCUGCAGCUGUUCCCCCAGUGGAGGCUCCCCCUGCGCAUCGCCAUCGGCCUCAGCGCUGCCUUCUUUUUCUACCUGCUGAUCAGAGACAUCAUCUAUGCAUACGCCACCCAGGGCAAAGACAUCUCCUUCAGAAUCAUGGUCUCACUGGCUAACAAGGUGUGUCCCAUCGUGUCUCUGAUUAUGCUGUCUCUCUGUUACCUGCCUGGUGUCCUGGCUUCCUUCCUGCAGGUCUACAGAGGCACCAAGUACAGGCGCUUCCCUGAUUGGCUGGACCGCUGGAUGCUGUGCAGGAAACAGCUGGGUCUUCUGGCAUUGGGGUUCGCCUUUCUGCAUGUGCUCUAUACACUUAUCAUACCCAUACGGUACUAUGUGAGGUUCAAGGCCACUGAACACCCUGUCUCUGUGAUCAGAGAGAACAGGACCACAAUGUUUGAUACCACAACGGCCUGGCGGGGUGACUCCUACUUGUCCCUGGGAAUUCUGGGAUUUGGCAUGUACGUCCUGUUAGGAAUCACAUCUCUUCCCUCCGUCAGUAACAUUCUCAGCUGGAGGGAGUUCAGCUUCAUACAGUCCAAGCUGGGUCACCUGACUCUGCUGUUGUGUACGGCUCACACCUACCUGUAUGGCUGGAACAAGUUCCUGAGUUCCUCCAUCUACAAGUGGUACACCCCACCGGGCUACAUGCUGUGUCUGGUGCUUCCCUCUGUGGUGCUGCUGCUCAAGCUGCUGCUCAUCACCCCCUGUGUGGACCACACCAUCACCCGCAUACGCCAGGGAUGGGAGAGAUCAGAGAUGGGCAGAUCAGAGGAACCCUAAAGACAGCCAACCACUGAUACGUUAGAGAACACACACACACAGACACACAGACACACACAGACAAAAUAACACCCUCAGUGUGAUGAUAGAUUUGUCUUCAAGGCAUGAACUCUUGUUUCUUUGCUAUUGUACCUUCAGAGGUUGGCUACCAUUCAAUCAUCGUUUGCCAUGUUUCUGGGAUCAAAAACCAGCAAUACUAUUUAAUUGAUAUGCAGUCGUAUUUAUUUUUGUAUUACACUGUAAACAUUGUUGCAUUUUAAUGCAUAUAUUUUUAACCAUACGUAAACCAGACACUAGCUUUCACUGGUGAAAGCUCUCUCUUUCUCUUUCUCUCAUAUCCUCUGUCUUACUGUAUAUACUCUCUCUUCUUUGACUGAAUAUACAGUUAUCCCCAGAUGAAACACAGGUUUCAGAGACGUAUAAAGGUUUUUCAAUAUAUAUUUUGUGUCUGUCUGAUCCAUCUCCAGGGGCAGGUCAGACACAUAAAAACACAUCUAUCAGUGUGAUCCUCUCUGGGGCAGAGUGUUGUUAUUUCCUCCAGAAAACAGACUCUCUGAAUCCCAGCAACAGGCUUCCCUUUCAUCACUAGAUAGACAAAGUGGCCCACAGUGUCUUCUGUUAUGGGGAGCACUUCCAUUUGUGGUGGAUAUAGCUGGAUGUUUGUGUAGAUGCCAAAUAUCUAAAUACAUAGAUGAAGAGGCAAAGCACAAAGACACACUCCCAGAAACAGCUUGUACCAACACUAAUUACACAGGGACAAUGUGAAAACAAUGUUGAAUUAACCAGUGUGUGCCCAGUGAGAUCUUUUAGACAUAAUUGUGACAAGGUUAAUUAUUUGUAUUGCAUCAAUAAAACAAAUGGGUAUAUAUUUUUCCUCACUUACUUACUUAAUAAAAUACUACACACACAAAAUAUUGUGUGAAGUUCCAUUA